AUGGAAGAAUCGCAAGAAAACAUACAAGAAACUGAAGCAAAUUUUUCGAGAAAAAGGAUUCCUCAAACAAAAAAGUGGAAGCGCAAUGAGAAAAAAGUUUCUCGGCAUACAGAUGCACAUCGCUCAGAAAAAAUUAUUGCAUUUCAUUCUGCGUUUUAUCGGACAAAGUCAGAAAUGGAUCAGGAUAACUUCAUCCUAAAACAUACAAAAGUGUCGCCAGUCAGCCGUCGUCGCCCUAAAACUGGUGCUAGAUCUGGAAAAGGAUUUAAUGUUGUGUAUUAUGCACGCAGAAGGAAUAAUAUUGUACCGAUUUGUAGGAAGACAUUUCUGCAGAUUUUAGGCCUAAAAAAAGGGCGCGUAAAUGGCGUCAUAAGCCGUAAUUUUAUGAGUAUGGGGGCUUCAGCACAAGAAAAUAGAGGGGGAGAUCGGAAAAAAGUCAAAUUUUCAGCACAACGCAGAUCUGUAAAAGAUUUUAUAAAAAAAUUCAAACCUCUUGAGAUACAUUAUUGCCGAGGGAGCAUAAAAUGCAGACAAUACUUAUCGUCGAACCUAUCCAUUGCAAAAAUGUAUAGAUUGUACAAAGAUCAAGCUGCACCGGAAUCUAUGAAUGUUAAAGCUUCAUAUUUUAGAAGGAUCUUUAAUACAUGUUUCAAUAUUGGUUUCGGAAGUCCACGUACUGACGUAUGCUCAACAUGCCUUCAGUUACAAGAGCAAAUGAAACACGAAAAGAACGAAAACAAAAAAAAUGAAUUGAUGAUCAAUAAAAGGGUUCAUAAACUCAGGGCAAGGGCUUUCUAUGACUUACUCAAAGAAAAUAAUGAAAAUUUGUUAAUUUUGAGCUUUGAUUGCCAAAAGAAUCAACCGAUGCCCAAAAUACCGGAUCAAAUAACAUAUUAUUCCCGGCAACUGUAUAUUUACAACUUUACUGUUGUUGUAGGACACUCUAAAAUGGAGCUUAAGAAAGAAAAUGUCUAUUCUUAUACGUGGACGGAAGAUAUUUUACCAAAAGCCUCCAACGAAAUUGCAAGCGCUGUCUUCCACUGCUUGUGUCAAUUAGUUGAAAAAUAUGAACAAGCUACCAAAAUUCGGCUCGUAUGUGAUGGGUGCAGUGGUCAGAAUAAAAAUAGUAUUGUUUUAGGGAUGGCCUCCAAAUAUUUAUUGGACUACGCACCUGCACGAAUCAAGUCCAUUGAGAUCGUGUUCCCAGUUGUGGGGCACUCUUUCCUUCCACCGGACCGAGUGUUUGCGCAAAUAGAAAAAAAAAGAAAAAAAAAAGAAGAGAUCAAUAACCCAGAAGCUUAUGAACGAAUUUUUACAGAGCAUGCGACUGUUCUACAUUUAGGAACUGAAGUAGAAGCCUAUCAGUGGAAGGAGGAAUGUGCGAAAGUUUUAAAGCCAACCAGUGCAAUGCACUUUUCUAUAAAGGAAUGUAAAAGAUUUAUUCUGAAACGAAAUAAGACGAAAACAAAUGUAUUAGUAAGGGGUGAAGUUAGUUACCGUAAUCAGCAAUCAGAUUUCAAACUUAUUUGCAAAAAAGGAAAAUCGGUGAGUCAAAUCAACCCGGACCCAGCACCUCUUUUCAUAAAAGUGAAAGAUAAAAAACUAAGUGAUGUAAAAACUUUACUCACCACGCAUUAUGGCGAAAAUUGGGAAGAACUAUCAGAUUUAAAUUACUUCAAAGAAGUUCUAAGCCGACCAGAUUCAUUACAGCAUGAAUACGAACAUGAAAAUUGCGAACCAAUGCAAGAAAUUCCACAUCUAAUAGUUUAA